AUGAGACGUGCUUCUCGACGUCGAGUAUCCUAUGUUAUUACUCAUAAUAAGGAUGACCAUGGUCACCUUUUAGGUAUUAAUUCUUUGGCUUUAGACACAACUACAGUUAAUCCGGAGACUGGUAAACCAGAAGGAAUUCUUUACUCUGCUGGGCGUGACGGUGUAAUAGCGUCUUGGGACUUGCACCUACCAUUUCGAGACAAAAAAACUGCAAAUAUCAAUGGAUCAAUUCAUAAAAGUACUGAAAGCAGUAAUGAAGUUAAUGAUGUGGGUGUAAAAAAUUGGGAAAUCGACGAUGAAGUUGAUCUUUAUUCGCAACCUCCAUCAUCAACAUUUCGUCAAUCUUUCCAAAGUCAUACUGAUUGGGUCAACGACAUAAUACUUUGUCAUAAUUGUGAAUCAU